ACUUGUUCCUUGUUACAAAAAUAAAAUCACAUACCCAAAAACAUAAAUCAAAUCUUAGUAUCUCUUUCUCCCUAUCAUUUGUCAUUCGAAUGCUCUUUGGUGACCAUGGACGAAGAGUACGACAUCAUUGUUUUAGGGACGGGUCUCAAGGAGUGCAUUCUCAGUGGCCUUCUGUCUGUUGAUGGCCUCAAAGUUUUGCAUAUGGAUAGAAAUGACUACUAUGGAGGAGCAUCGACCUCUCUUAAUCUUACACAACUUUGGAAGCGUUUUAGAGGAGAUGACAAACCUCCAGAGCAAUUGGGGUCUAGUAAGGAGUACAACGUUGACAUGAUACCAAAGUUCAUGAUGGCCAAUGGCGGUUUGGUCCGUGUCCUGAUCCACACAAAUGUCACCAAAUAUCUUAAUUUUAAGGCUGUUGAUGGUAGUUUUGUGUAUAACAAGAAAAAGAUCUAUAAAGUUCCAGCAACUGAUGUUGAAGCACUAAAAUCACCAUUGAUGGGGCUCUUUGAAAAGCGUCGUGCACGAAAGUUCUUCAUUUAUGUCCAAGACUUUGAAGAGAGUGAUCCCAAAUCUCAUGAAGGACUAGAUUUGCAUAAAGUUACAGCAAGAGAGCUUAUCUCGAAAUAUGAGCUAGAGGAUGAUACUAUUGAUUUUAUUGGUCAUGCUUUGGCACUUCAUAUUGAUGAUUCUUACCUAGAUGAGCCAGCCAUGGAGUUUGUGAAGAAAAUGAAGCUCUAUGCAGAGUCUCUGGCACGUUUUCAAGGAGGAUCGCCUUAUAUCUAUCCAUUGUAUGGAUUGGGAGAGUUGCCGCAGGCUUUUGCACGUUUAAGUGCAGUUUAUGGUGGAACUUACAUGCUCAACAAACCGGAUUGUAAGGUGAAAUUUGAUGAUAAUGGAAAGGCUGUUGGUGUGACCUCAGAAGGAGAAACUGCUAAAUGCAAGAAAGUGGUUUGUGAUCCCUCAUAUUUACCUGAUAAGGUACAGAAAAUUGGAAAAGUUGCUCGUGCUAUAUGUAUAAUGAGUCAUCCUAUUCCGGAGACCGAUGAUUCUCACUCGGUCCAAGUUAUUUUGCCACAGAAGCAACUUGGUCGUAAAUCAGAUAUGUACCUGUUUUGUUGCUCUUAUGCUCAUAAUGUUGCUCCAAAAGGAAAAUUCAUCGCCUUUGUUUCAACGAUAGCAGAGACCGAUAAUCCUGAAGUUGAAUUAAAGUCUGGCAUUGAUCUACUUGGUCCUAUAGAUGAAAUCUUCUAUGACUCUUAUGACAGAUACAUACCGAAUAAUGACCAUGAAGGCGACAGUUGCUACAUAUCUACCAGCUAUGAUCCAACUACGCACUUUGAGUCCACAGUAAAUGAUGUUCUAGCCAUGUAUAGUAAGAUUACUGGAAAGGCUCUUGAUCUUUCUGUGGAUCUAAGUGCUGCAAGUGCUGCUACUGAAGAAUAAAAUACUUCAACUGUAUUCUUCACAAGCUGUAAUUUGACAAGGAUGCUACUUUUUUUUAGAUUAUUAUUUCUACAAUUCUACGUGUGCAAAGAUUUAAGUAUUUGAAAUUUGAUUUAUUGAUAAGAAAAUUUUGGGUGGAAUUUAUUAGACUAAAUCU